AUGGCAGACGAAGAAGCGCCUCCUGAGGUGCAUCACUACAGUAGUCUCCAAGAAGUUCCUUGGGACAUUCAAAACUACUGGGCCCAACGCUAUCAGAUCUUUUCUAAGUAUGAUGAAGGCGUAUGGUUGACCGAUGAUGCUUGGUUCGGUGUCACACCUGAACCGGUUGCCAACAAAAUCGCCUCCCAAAUUGCCGACUCGGCACCCGCUGGACGCAUGAUUCUGGUAGAUGCAUUCGCUGGCGCAGGAGGGAACACAAUCGCAUUUGCCCUGACUGGCAAAUGGAAGCGCAUCUACGCAAUUGAAAAGAACCCUGCCGUUCUUAAGUGCGCUAAGCACAACGCCCGAAUCUACGGUGUCUCAGACAAGAUCACUUGGUUUGAAGGCGAUUGCUUUGAUAUACUCAAAAAAGAGCUGAAAGACCUAGCACCCUACAGUGUGGUCUUUGCCAGCCCGCCCUGGGGAGGUCCUGGAUAUCGCUCGGAUCAAGUGUUCAACCUGAAGACCAUGGAGCCAUAUUCACUCCAACGGCUUUAUGAUGAAUACUCAACCUUUAGUCAACAUAUGGUUCUCUUUAUUCCCAGAACCUCUGACUUGAAACAAAUAGCCAAGCUGGUUCCCGAUGGGAAAAAAGGGAUGGUGAUGCACUAUUGUAUGGAGGGAGCGAGCAAGGCAUUGUGUAUUUUCUAUGGGGACUUUGACGUGGCACGACUCUCUCAAUAA